AUGGAUGCAGAGACCUCAGUGAUGUCUGUACAGCCAAAUGAGCCGCCUUCCACACCGCAACAACAAAACCUUCUUCUCUCGUGUAACAUGUGCAAUGAACAGUUUCAGUCACCCAGGGCGUUGCCUUGCCUACACACUUAUUGUAAAACCUGUUUGAGUUCUUAUAUUCAAACAAAACUCUCUGAGCUUGACACGGACUCCUUCCCGUGCCCAGAUUGCAACGAGGAUACGCAGCCGAUAGACCCAUCGAGGCCCUCUACUGAAUGGGCAGACGGAUUUCCCGAAAAUUUCUUCCUCGCAGAUAUGAUGGCCCUACAGACAGGUAAAACAGAUAUAGUCGGCGAGAUGGUGGAAAACAACACAUCUGCUGCGACAGCGAUUUCUAAAAUUACCCUGAAAAAGUCGAAACGGAUGAGUUUAAGCGAGUCCGACCUCUUACGUAAUGGAGCCGAUCCGAUGGGCAUUCGCCAAGAGAUUAUUGUUAUGAAGACAGAAAAAGUCGUCCAAUCUCCAAAAAAGCAGACAGAAGACACUGCAGCUCCACUACCAGCUAAACUCCCAGUUUUAAAACAAAAACCCGAAGAAAAUAAAGUAUCUGAUAAUUUUGAAAAUGGAUUGAAUCUACUACUGUUACCAUUAAAAUAUACAUUUUCUGCGAUUAUUCCUGGGUCCGAGUUAGUUUCGAUGUUAGAAAGUGCCCUACUCAUGCCAGAAGGAUUUGUACUUGGAAUUGAUGGUAAGAAUCGACACGUGAAAAAGUUUACAUUGACCGGUAAACUCGUUGGUUUUCUCCGUCUUAUAUCCGAACCAAGUGAUAUAACUUUAUUACCUGAAGGCGAAGCUUUGUUGACUCUACCCCAGAAAUGUGAGAUGAUUUCUCUGGAUCCGGAUAAUUCUUUGGAGAUUACGAACCGACUGCAAACUCCCCGGAAGUACAUGAGACUAGCGGCUGGACAGAAUGAGCGCAUAGCUGCCACCAACUGUGUCGAUAAUGUCUGGUUUGUUGAUAUCCUCUCCUAUCAUGGCCGGGUCCUCUAUUCAAUCCAGCGCUUGUGCUGUGGUCAGCCGGCCGGUAUAACUGUUUCUCCAUCAAGUGACAUUAUCAUCACAGAUUGUAUUGAACGUUCGGUGAUUGCUUUCCAUUGGAAUGGAAGUAAUAAUUUCCUCUACAAACCAGAAUCUAGUGAAAGCGAUGAAAGUUUGAAAGAACCACGAGGAGUGUGCUGUGAUCCGAAUGGUCGUAUUUACUUGGCGGAUACAAAAAAUGACCGUAUUAUUUGCCUUACCUACGAUGGUCAUGCCGAAAGGAUUCUCUUGGAUAGAGCGGAUGGACUAUACCGACCUUCAAGUAUUUUUAUUAGCCCUGAUUUUCUAUUGUUGGUCACCCAAGAGGAUGGAGUUGUUAAGAUUUACAAAAUUUAA